AAGCUGAAGUGAAACUGCAGCCGGUUUUCUGCCUGGUUGUCGUGUCCCUGGACCCGAUGCCCAGUCCAUUAAUUACACUUCUGUUUCCUGACAGAGCCAGUGUGCAGGAUACUCUCCUGUUUUUCUCAUUUUAAUAAAAAUCUGUGAUGUCAGACUGUGACUCUUCCUGCCAAACUCAUCAGAAGAAGAGCAAGAAUGAGCACGUCUGUGAAGGAAGUGAGGGUUCAGACAAUGGAGGCAGGAAGCUGAUGAGGAGGGAGAAGAACAGAGUUGCAGCCCAGAAGAGCCGGAAAAGACAAACACAGAGAGCUGAUGUUCUUCAUGAGGCCUGUGAGCUAUUGGAGCAGAGGAACAGAAAGCUGAAAAGAGAGGUGGAUUCCCUGUCCGAGGAGCUGCGUCAGCUGACGGAGGCUCUCAGGGCCCAUGAGCCCUUCUGUCCCAUCAUGCACUGCUGCUUUGCCGCUGCCUCCUCCGCCUCGUCCACUCUGCAGCCUGACAGCAGAACAGCGCGCUCAGUCUGAGGCAGGGAAUAAUGUUCCUGACCACAGUGUGCAGUGGAGAUACCUGCAGUGUAAUACACCAGUCAACCCCUGGAGGGCGGUGUCGACCAUGAUCACAGACACAAACUCAACCGGCGCGCUGAACUCCUCUAAUCACAGUGAAGAGUUCCCUCUGCUGGUUAAUCCCUUGAACAGCAGCUCGUUUCCAUAAUGUAAAUACACUAAUAAACAGAUGUUUUGACUCCUCUUCCAUUCUGGAAUUCUUGCUUUGAAAAAUUAAUUCUUCUAUUCUUCAAUUUGUUCUAAGUUUUUGCAUGACUCCAGUGUGAUAAAAAACCAAACGUGUGCAGUAUUUUCCAAAAGACAAAAAGAAAAUCAUGCAAUAUGUGUGACGUGUUAAUCUUUCAGUG